AUGAGCGAGCGACCAGCACUGUCCCUCUCGGUCUCUCGGCGACCGAGCCUGCGCGCGUCCCUCAGCGGCGCCAGCACCCCGGCCCUCGCCUCGUCCCCGCUCUCGUCGCACCCGCCCAUCACGCCGCAGAACGCCCACUUCUGGGACUCGUACUUCCCGGCGCCCGGUGCCGGCGUCGUCGGUCUCCAGACGCCGCCCCUCGGCGCCGCACAGCCGAGCCUGUACCCGUCGGCGGGCACCGGCCCCGGUCGCAAGAGCCUCCUCCGCCGCAACUCGAGCCUGAGCAGCGUGUCGAGCUCGGUCGUCGAGGACGACGAGGACGAGCAGGAGUGGACCCACGACGAGGAGGAGCAGGUUCACCGGGUCUACGACGCCUGCCUCGCCAAGCACGCCCUCACCGAGGCGCCCUUCCCCGCCAACGGCCCGCCGCCGUCCAACUUUACCAACAUGGUCGCGCGCGCCGUCCUGCGCGCCGCCGGCGGCAGCGGUCGCGCCGCCGCUCGCCGGGCGCGCUUUACGCUCGGCGCCGCCGACACGCAGGACGUCGAGCAGCAGGCGUCGGGCGAGGUCGACAGCAAGAAGUGGCCCCACAGCCUGAAGAGCACCCGGCUCAAGAUUCUCGCCCUCUGCAAGGAGCGCCAAGCUGGAGCUCGCGUCGAGGACACGCCCAAGCAGGCCGACCCGGACGCCACGCCAAAGCGUCGGCAGCCGCUCGUCCGCCAGGACAGCAUGGACUUCCUCCCCGACGUCCACAACACGAACAGCAUCGCUCGCCUCUCGAACAUGUUGCGCCAGCCCUCGCAGGACGGCAUCGUUGUCCCUCCCCCUUCCUCCACCACGACCUCGCGCAUUCCUCCCUCGGCCCAGCUCGGCACCCUCGGCAUCCCUCUCGCCCGCUCGGCGUCGUCCCGUCCGUCGUACCGCAUGCAGCGCACCAACUCGCUCCAGUCGAUCGCGGGCUCGCCGUCACAGCCGGCCAAGUCGCGCCGCAAGCCCGUCGCCGCCGACACGCUCGACGCCGAGCGCAUCCUCGCCGCGUCGGCCCCGCCUGUCGCCGCCUCGUCGACGGGCAUGGCGCGCACCGGGUCCGAGUCGAGCGUGCUCCACGGGCGCCCGCUCGCGCGCCACCUGUCGUUCUCGCAGUGCGGGCCGCCGCCGUCGGCCGCCGCGCCUCAGCCGCCGACGGUCCUCGGCGCGUCGCCGAUCAAGAAGGCGCACGCCCCGUCGACCGGCCUCUUGACGCCGCCGGCAUCGUCCAAGAAGCGCUCGCAGGCGUUCACGUUCGCGUCGCCGCCCAAGAACCCGCUCGGCCUCACGCUCGACGUGCCCUCGGCCGCCUCGGCGCUCAAGCGCGACGGCGGCGCCGCCGGACUCGCGAGCGCGUUCACGUCGCCCGUCGUCGACGCGUUCCCGUCGUCGUCGAGCGCGAGCUCGAGCCCCAAGAAGAAGAAGGCCAAGGUCACGACGGCGGCGCCGGCUCGCGCGCCUUCGUUUGACGCCGCGAGCGUCACGUCGAGCGAGCCGACGGGGCUCGGCCUCGGCUUCUCGCUGGGCGGCGGGCCGAGCGCCCUGAGCGCCGAGGCGAACUCGUCCAUGUUCGGCGACCGCGCCCACGACGACUCGCCGUUCCUUCUCGGCAGCCGCCGCACGGCGCCGACGAGCCCGGGCAAGGAGCAGCGCAUGCGCACGCCGUCGUUCGAGGGCCCGAUGGGCACGUUCACGCUCCUCGACCCGUCGGCGUCGCCCAACAACCUCGCGAGCCGCCGCAACUCGCCGCCAAAGCUCACCCUGACGCCGUCCCUCGCGUCGCCCACCUUCUCGACGGCCUCGUCGUCCAUGUCGAGCUUCACGUCGACCGCGUCGCUCGCCGCGUCGACGGCGUCGUCGUCGACCGGGAGCGCCGUCGCGUCGCCCCUGUCGCCCUUCUUCGACCUCAACUCGCUCAAGCUCGAGUCGCUCUCGUCGUCGCCCGUCGAGUCGGUCAACGGCGACGACGGCGUCGAGGCCAUGGACGACGACAGCGACGAGGAGGACUUUGGGUGCGACGGCGGCUCGAACGCGUUCCUCAACCCGGAGUACGUCCGAGCCGGCCACGAGGCGCACGCACUGCGUGAGCGCCUCGGCGCCUUUGCGUGGGCCAAGCAGGACUAGCCUGCCUCCUCUAGACGAUUCCUCCUCUCUCUAAUUUCACUCUCCGUCACCCGCCGUACCCUUUUCGUCCCCUGUAGCUCGUUGCCCUUCCUCUCUCUCGUCCCUCUCUCUUAUACACGUCGUCCCCUGUCGCUCUCCUUUCCGUAUUUCUGUCGCAAUCAUCAAGUCUAUAUUCUGCAC